AGAAUAAAAAACAAAACGAAUCCAACAAUACAGGAAAUUCGUAUUUUGUAUUUAAAAACUCUAAUCCUCAACUAUGUAAGUCGGAUAUUCUUAAUACUGACGUUAAUAACCAGACUAAUAAUGAGAAUAUUAUUAACAAUAGUGUUGUCUCUUACAACAGUAGUCAAAGAAAUGAUAUUGAUUUAUGCAAUAAACCACUUAGUCCUUUAAGAGAGAUUACUAGUAAUACAAAAAUUAAUGAUAGAAAGAAAACAUAUCAUUUAAAGUCUUUUAAAAAAAAGCAAAAGAUGAGCCAUGAAAAUAAUGAAAACCUUUCUUUAAAGUCAUCAGUAUCGCAUGAUAUUCCUGAUUCAAUGAAGAGCAAGUUUAAAAUUAAACCUUGUUCCAUAGUACUGCACAAAGAUGAUAUAGAAAAAUAUAAGUUUAUGGUUAAUAAACAUAAUUACAAAAUAAAGAAAUGUUAUGUAAAUUUAAAAAAAAUAUCCAGCAAUACUUCUUUAGAUAGCGAAUAUAAAUCACCUAUGAAUGACUUAAAAAAUCACUGUAAAAAUUUAAACAAAUUAAAUAAUUAUUUUAAUUCUGAAAUAAACCCAAUAAGUAGCACGCCUAUUAAUAUACAUAAAAGAGAAACUGCAUAUUCUCUUUGUUAUUCACCAAUUAAAAUUGAGUCUUUAACAAAAAAUAUUAGUCAUAGCGACGAAGAUAAAACAGUUUCUAUUUCUCAUAUUCCUGCAUCGCUUGAUCCAUUACAGCCAAACAAUUUGCAUGUAUUAGAUCAGACAAAUACAAAUGUUUUCAUCAAUGUUAAAACAGAUACAAAGGAUAAGAUUUCAUAUAUGAAAGAUAAAAACACAUGGAAAUCAACAUCGAAUGAUAAUUUCUCAAUUAGUGAUGAACAAAAAAAAGAAAUAUUACAUUUAGGAGAUUCUAAACAAUGUUCAAAUUUUAUCAAUAAUAGAGAAGCAUAUGCUACAACAUUUAUAGAUGAUAGCAUUGAUAUUGCAUUAAGACAAAAGAAUAAUAAAACAGACCAGGAAAAUAAACCAUUACUGAAUCAUAUAAAUUUUUCCAUAGAAACACAUAGUAGGUCACUUUCUUUAUUUGAUGAUUAUGAAAGUAAAUUACAUACUUCGGAAAAUGAAAACAGAAUGAGUGCUAUAACAAAAAAAUCAUUUAUAAAUACGAAUGUAUGUGAAAGUAAUGCCAAUACUGAACUAGAGUAUAAACCUAUUACUUUAGAUAAGGAUAAUAUCGAAAAAAUAAUGAAAUCAGAAGUAUUAAAGGAAGAAGAACCACCUAUAAUAAUUACAAAAGAAACAUCCAUUAAGGAAUAUAUUAAAAACGAAGAUGAAGAUAUUGAAGAAAUAUGUUCUAACAAAUCAAAAGAUGAAAAUCAUGUAUUCACUCAAUUGAAAGAUUCCGUACAAAUUACUGAAAGAAGACAACGACACGAAAGAAAAAGAAAAUACAACCUAAGUAAUAUUUAUGAAAAUAAAAGUAAUAUUAAUCGAUACUCACAAUGUGAAAUGAAAAAAGUAUUAAGCGAAAAAUCACAAUUUAAUGAGAAAUUAAAUGAAGACAUUUUAAGUGAAAAUACUAUAAAGAACUCAGCUAAUACUUCUGUAAAUAUUGCUACUUGUUGUGAUGAACGAAAUUCAUUAAUCAACAAAGAAAUACCUGCUUUUUCAGAAAAGUCUAUAUUUUUAAAACCAGGAAAAUCUUGGGCACGUUCUUUAUCCAUUUUAUGUAACUUUCAAAAUGGAUUAAAUUUAAAUAGAAUAUCUAUUGAAAAAGGUAAAAAAUGGAGAGAUAGUGUUAAGGACAUAUUAGAUAUGCAGGAAAAAGACUUUUAUUCAAGCUAUACAGAAAUAGAUGAACAUUUGGAUAAAUCUCAAUUAUCUGUUGAAACAGAAAUCAAAUUUUCUAAAAAAUUAGCCACUGAUGUAUGUGAUACAAAUCAGUCUGACAAUUCAAAAAGAAUUAUUAGAAGAACUUCUAUUCGUGUCGUGCGUGAUAGUAGAAUUAUCAAAAAUGCUAGCGAUACUUCAUUUCUUGAAGUAUAUGGAAUUGAAACUAAUAUCUCAAAUAGAUUUACAUUACCAGAAAUUAAUCGUGAUACUGAAUACAGUGCUCAAUAUAAUGAUAUGGAAAGUAAUUUUGCAGAAAUUCGUUUAUCAACAACAGCAAAAGAUGUUAUUUUACACAAAUGUUCUCAAAAAAAUUAUCUACCAUUUAGAAAAAUUUUUUCAACAUCAUAUUGUCAAAAAAUAGGAGAAGGUGUGUACGGAGAAGUAUUUCUUUAUGAAAAGGGCGGACAAAAAUCUGUUUUAAAGAUUAUACCUAUAGAAGGUGAUCAAUUAGUUAAUGGUGAACCACAAAAGAAAUUUAAUGAAAUACUCUCAGAAAUCGUUAUUGCAAAAGAAUUACAUAAUUUAAGAUUCAAUAAAAAUCACAAUACAAAUGGAUUUGUCGAAGUGAAAAAUAUUAAAUGCAUUGAAGGAAAGUAUCCUGAAGAAAUGAUAGACUUGUGGAAGAAUUAUGAUCAAGAAAAAGAAUCUGAUAAUGAUUGCCCAUCAAUAUUUGAUGAAAAGCAACUUUAUAUUUCUCUUGAACUUGGUCAUGGUGGUCAGGAUCUUGAAUCUUUCGUAUUUGAAACAGCUGCAGAAGCACAUACAUUGUUUAUACAGGCUACAUUAACAUUAGCGGUUGCUGAAAGAUCACUUAAAUUUGAACAUAGAGACUUGCAUUGGGGGAAUGUGCUAAUUUCUCGAACGGAUGAACAAUACAUAUACUAUAAACUCGAUAAUAAAGAAAUUUUAGUUCCAAGUAAUGGUAUAAAAGUUUGCAUUAUAGAUUUUACUCUUUCAAGAAUGUCAUAUCAAGGAUGUUGCAUAUUCAAUGAUUUAGCAUUAGAUCCUGCAUUAUUUGCCGCUCAAGGUGAAUAUCAAUUUGAGAUUUAUCGUCUUAUGAAAGAUAAAGUACUAAAUAAUUGGCAAGAAUUUGAGCCAUACACAAAUGUUUUAUGGUUACAUUACACCCUAGAUAAAAUGAUAACAAUGGUAAGAUAUAAAAAGAAAAAGCUAAAAAAGCAUAAAAAUGCUAUAAUUCAACUUAAUGAUCUAAAACAAAUAAUAUUAUCCUAUUCAAGUGCUUUUGAUCUUGUAAAAAAUUGUGAAAAAAUAUCAAAUUUAUUAAUAGAACGAUAAAAAAUCGAUGGUUUCGCCUUAUUAAAAAGCUUAGUUAUCGUAUGAUCGUAAUAGUUAAGUAACAAUAGGUACGGUUAAUACUUAGAUAAUUGAAACACAUAUGCCGUUGACUCCAGAGAAACAAUAAGAUCUUGUAGCUUCUUUGGAAAAAUAAGCUAUGUAGAAAAGUUCUUCAAAUCCAUAAAAAGA